CGGGGCGAUUGCAAGACGUCAUCAACCCGGCACUUGCCAACAUGGAAGGUGGAGACAGCACAAUUUCCGUAGCAGGCCGUGGGGCUUCGGGUUCCGCAGUAGUGGCGGCGACCGUGCAGGCGAUCCUGCAGGACGACUGUUAUAGUGAAUUUUUAAAUGAAGACUUUGAUGUAAAAACUUACACUUCCCAAUCUAUUCAUCAAGCUGUAAUUGCUGAGCAACUAGCAAAACUUGCCCAAGGGAUCAGUCAGCUGGAUAAAGAACUACACCUACAGGUUGUUGCAAGACAUGAAGAUUUAUUGGCACAAGCAACUGGGAUUGAGUCUUUGGAAGGUGUUCUUCAGAUGAUGCAGACGAGAAUUGGAGCUCUACAGGGAGCUGUUGAUAGGAUGAAAUCAAAGAUUGUUGAACCAUACAAUAAAAUAGUAGCCCGUACUGCACAACUGGCAAGACUUCAGGUUGCCUGUGAUUUGCUUCGGAGAAUAAUUCGCAUCUUAUAUCUCAGUAAGAGGCUCCAGGGACAACUGCAAGGAGGGAGUAGAGAGAUAACAAAAGCUGCUCAGAGUCUCAAUGAACUUGAUUAUCUUUCUCAAGGAAUAGAUCUUUCUGGAAUAGAAGUAAUAGAGAAUGAUCUACUCUUUAUUGCAAGAGCUCGACUUGAAGUGGAAAACCAAGCUAAGCGUCUGCUGGAGCAAGGUGUGGAGACCCAGAAUCCAACUCAGGUUGGAACAGCUCUUCAGGUUUUCCAUAACCUCGGGACUUUGAAGGAGACUGUUACCAGUGUCGUGGAUGGCUAUUGUGCUGCUUUGGAAGACAGCAUCAACAAUGCAUUGGACGUCAAAGUUUUGACUCAGCCUUCCCAGUCAGCUGUGCGAGGAGGCCCUGGGCGAGCCGCCAUGCCAACUCCAGGAAGCACAGCAGGUUUUCGGGCUUCCCUCUGGACCAAUAUGGAAAAACUUAUGGAUCACAUCUGUGCUGCUUGUGGACAGGUACAACAUCUACAAAAAGUAUUAACCAAGAAGAGAGAUCCUGUUUCUCACAUUUGUUUCAUUGAAGAAAUAAUUAAGGAUGGACAGCCUGAAAUUUUAUACAUGUUUUGGAAUGCAGUCACCCUGGCACUUUCUUCUCACUUUCAUUCAGCAACAAACUCUUCUAUGUUUUUGAAGCAAGCAUUUGAAGGUGAAUACCCUAAACUCUUACGUCUUUAUAAUGACUUAUGGAAGCGUCUUCAGCAGUCCAGCCAGAAUACCCAGGGGACUUUCAGUCCAAGUGGGACUCCUGACCUCUGUGUGGACCUCCCACACAUGGAAGACGACACACAAGACAUGUUCAGACUGAAAAGGCCAGAUUAUGAUGAACUCAAUGUAGCUGCUGUUGAUGCAAACCUCACAUUAGCUGUGUCAAAAAAUGUGGCAAAGACCAUCCAGUUAUAUGCUGUGAAAUCAGAACAGCUUCUCUCUACUCAAGGAGAUGCAAGCCAGGUGAUUGGACCUCUCACGGAAGGACAGAAGAGAAAUGUGGGUGUGGUGAACUCCCUGUUUAAGCUGCACCAGUCAGUAACAAAGGUUGUUGCCAGUCAGAGCUCAUUCUCAGCAACAGCCGAGCAAACCAUAAUGUCAGCCCUAAAGACAAUUCACGAUCUUAUGGGGAAUGCCAUACAGCCCUUGCUGACGUCAGUGGCAGAUGCGAUCGAGGCCAUAAUCAUCACCAUGCAUCAGGAAGAUUUUUCUGGGGCAUCAAGCAGCUCAGGAAAACCUGAUGUUCCUUGUUCCCUGUACAUGAAAGAGCUACAAGGUUUCAUUGCCAGAGUUAUGAAUGACUACUUUAAACACUUUGAAUGCUUGGAUUUUGUUUUUGACAACACUGAAGCUAUUGCCCAAAGAGCCAUUGAACUUUUUAUCCGCAAUGCCAGUCUCAUAAGACCUCUUGGUGAAGGUGGGAAACUGCGACUUGCUGCUGAUUUUGCACAGAUGGAGUUGGCUGUGGGCCCCCUUUGCAGGCGAGUGUCGGAUCUGGGAAAGUCCUAUCGGAUGCUGAGGUCAUUUAGGCCCCUGCUCUUCCAGACAAGUGAACAUGUGGCCGACAGCCCCGCAGUGGGAGACAUUAUACCAUUCAGCAUCAUCAUUCAGUUUCUGUUCACAAGAGCACCAGCUGAGCUGAAAUCCCCCUUCCAGAGGGCAGAAUGGUCUCAUGCUCGCUUCUCCCAGUGGCUGGAUGAUCACCCAUCUGAAAAGGACAGGCUGCUCCUCCUCAGGGGAGCCCUGGAAGCUUAUGUUCAGUCAGUGAGAAGCAGGGACGGUAAAGAAUUUGCACCAGUUUAUCCCAUUAUGGUUCAGCUGCUUCAAAAGGCUAUGUCUGCUCUUCAGUGACUUGCAGUCUCCAUGAACAGACCCGUCCAAAGGUGGCAACUACAACUAAAGAUCAUGGUUGAUUUUCUGUCCUUCCUCUUUCUGUUACCUCCAGCACUUUUUCUUUAAAUGUCAGAAUAGCUCAAGCAUCUCAGCCUUCACAUAGCACCCACAUGGCUUUUUCAUAAAGCUACCUAUGUUCCCCUUCUCAGACGAUGGAGGAAGGCUAUUUUACUUGCUGUCAUAGUUGGCUCAUUAUUUUCACUGCUUAUGAAGGGACAGUAUCCUCCCAGCCUGCCACUUUCUUUAGUGUUAAGCACAUAACGAACCAGUGAAAGAAGUCACAUCGGCAGGGAGUUGAGGAGUAUACACCUGACAGAGCCACUCUACCCCAAAGUGAUGUGGGCAUGUAGUCAAGCCCAGUAACUAUGGCGGAGCCCAAGGCUGAGGCAGACACACUGCUAAAUGCUCUUUACUGGAUCUAACUACAGCUUUAAAUGAAGUCAGGGUUUCUUUACAGUCAUUUUACUAGAAACAGGCACUCAGGGCCUUAUUUUUUAGUCUUUACUCCAUUGUUAACAUUCUUUAAUUUUUAAAACCCCACCAGAAACCUACUUAUAACACCAGAACUCAGUUUUAUCAAGAAUUUGUUUUCCAUCUGCCAAUCAGAUUAUACUGAUAGGUAUCAUGAAUUCAGUCAACCAGAAAUCAAAGACAGACCUUUUUUUUCCUUUUAUUUGAAAUAAUAUACAAGAAUAUAGUGUGCAAAAUUGAGGGGCAAUAUGUUUAACAAGUGUAAAUCAAUUUUACAGCUGUGAUUACUAACCAAAACUCUCACUUGGUAAGUAACAUGAGAAGCCAUGAUUGUAGCUCAGAGCAAGAGCAGCAGGACUGCUGAAGUACUUGCUCUGUCUCAGAAGCCGGAGGGAGUAAAGUGCAAGUGGUGCACUGCAGUAAGUGCAAAGUCUGCCCCACCAGAGACACACUGACAGCACAGAUGAGGGUAUGUGGCUGAGGAGACAGGAACGCGGUCAAACACAAUGGUGUCGACUGGUAACAGCACCAUUACAAUGACUGUCCCAAUGCUAUUAACUGACUGCACCUUGGCCUGGCUUGGGCCCCACUGGGAAUCAUGGAGCUGUGCUGCCCCCUGGUGCAUCCACUCAGCACAUGCCCAUGGUAUCUGAAGCAGGUGGCUCUUUGAGCUGAGACAAUGACACCGACACCAUCCACCUGCCAUGUUAUGUUGUCUCUUGGCACUGGCCAGACUAGAAGCAACUGUGUUUGGCAGAGAUGCUGGGCCAUGUGGUGGCUAUUCAUGGAAAGGCCAGCGUCUGCUUCACUCCUGAUAUCGUGGGUACAAUACAGAUUAAUAAGCAGUAAGGAGCUGAUGUAUAAACAGCAGUUACGUAUUUUUAAAUUCCCCUUCGUACAAUUUAAAAUAAAACGUAUACACAUCUUUCUACUGUACUUUAGCACCACAGGAUAUCAAUUUUCAAGCCUAUAUUACCUGAUAGAUAUAUGAAGUUUGGAAGGAAAAUAAGGCAAUUUGGUUUACAAUGUUGAUAGUUAUAGCUUAAUGCUCUAAUGGAGAAAGCAAUCCUCACCCAUUAAAUCAUUACAAAACUCAAUGCUCCCAGCAUUUUAUGGUCACACAAAUGUAGACAAAUGGUGAGACCAAGGUCUUCCAAGCUUUUCCAUCCAGAGUCAGUACUUAUGCAGAUGCAGACUUACAAACACAAGCAUCAGGUUUAAUGCUGUUGAGAGCCCUGUGGAAACAAAAUAAUUGGUUCUCAGUUUCCUAAUGGCUCAUAGCUUAAGUAUCUGGAAAAUUUAAACAAAUGUGAGACCAGCAUGCACAGAAAAGUGCUAAUGUCCCAAAUGAAGUUCCAGACAUUAGAGAAUUUGUAGGGAAUGGCUGUGUGGUUCCAUAGAUAUACUUUGCCUUUAAGCACAGAACCUUGGGUUCAAACCCCUGCACUAAAUAAAAGGCGGCAAGACCAACACUUGAGUUUGUUCUGUGACUUGAAUGUACACAUACACAGAACCUGAGCUUGUAUUGCAUAGCUGUAAUCCCUGAAAGGACCGCAAGGGUUGGAGGCGGAAGCAUCAGAAGGUGAAGGUCAUCCUUGGAGACAAAAGCAAGUUUGAGGCCAGCCUGGGCUACUUAUGAAACCUCGACUCACACACAUAUACACCAAAAAACACAGAACAAAUCUCUACACUACAGUUCAUCUGGUGGCUGACCCUACUUUAAAAUAAAUCCCUGAGCCAUUUAACCUACAAAUUAUAUAGGAUUGGCUAAACACCCUUAAUAAGCCUUCUUUCUGAUUACCGUUCCAAUAAUCUUCAUUUUAAAAAAAUAAUACAUAAGUUUAUUCUAGUCUAUCCUAUGUAUUUUGUGCUAAAUAAUCUAAAAUGUAAACAUAAAGGAUGCUAUUCAAGUAAAGAACAGUUAUAAGAAUGGCGUCUACCAGCCAAAGACAGCAUUGUGAAACUUCUUUCUCAUCCUUCCUGUGUCUCCUAGUUUCUGCCUAUAGCAGAAGCCUGCAAGGAUGUUACCAAAAACUAAAGAUCUUCUACUGUAAUGAGUUAAUGAUGUCCAUCUUUUAACCAGACUACUAGUAGUAUACUCUAAAACUUCCUCAGCACUUGGGGCAUUCUUCAGCUAGCUUGAGAAAAUCUGCUUGCUGUACUACUCAAGUGGUUCUUGAUAGAAAAGGCAGACUCCAGUAUUAGGUUUGAAGUAUAAUAAUGGUGAGGGAUCUUUAAGACUCUGCCUGCCAUCAUGGCACAAGAACACACAGAGCAUCAGAUCAGGACUUCUGUUACUACUAACACUUACUGAGUUGGUUCUUUUCCUUUUCCAACAGUCAGGAUUUAAACGCUUUUGUUCUUCAGCCAAAGCCUUUGCUUCUAAUGUGUACAUCCUCCUUUCUUCGUUCUUCAUUUUUUUCCACCUGUCACCAAGGAUCACACUUAUGGCUCUGCAAAGUAAAUAUUUACAUAAUGUAAAGUUUCAUAAAAUGUGUAGCAGCUGCUACUACUUUGGGGAGAAAUGUAAAAAAAAAAAAAAAAAAAAAAAACAGAAGGGGAAAGAUCAAGACUACCAUGGUCAUUUCAACGAAAUCCUGGCAUAUGCAUCCAUUUAUCAGUUGGUGGAAUAAUGAUAGUAUUUACAAUUGUUCUAAAACAUCCAAAAUUGCCAGAAAACUGGCAAUUUUCCAAAGGAAAGUUCAGUGUCAGCAGCGUGGGGCAUUCAACUUGUAUUAAAACUUAUUUUGUGUGCAAAGCUAUUGUGGUUAUGAUAAUAAAAGCUUUACUCCCCCCAU